UCGCACGUGUGGUUGACAUCAAAAUUCUGUGAUUGGUUUUUGUUUGCGAAGUUCACAAUAUUUAUUGCGUUUUUUAUUAUUAGUUGUAAAUAAAUAGUUUAAAAUUGCAGAACUUUAUAUUAUAUAGUAAUAAUUUAUUAAAAACAUUUUAUAAAAAUGGCGAUGCUUGCAGAACCACGGCAAAGAAAACGCUAUAAUCUAACGCCGCGAGGCAAACCGCUGUAUGAAGAUGAUUCGCGUUUCGGUACGAAAAUGUUGGAGAAAAUGGGAUGGUCAAAGGGUAAAGGCUUAGGUGCAAAAGAAAAUGGUAUUCAAGAUUUUGUACGUGUGCGUAUGCGAAACACAAAUGAAGGGUUGGGUUUUGAAGAUCGUGACGAUCACUGGACUCAGCAUGAACAAGAUUUUACUGGUUUGUUAAAAACUCUGAAUGGUAAAAGUGACGAAAACGAGAAAGAUAAUAACGAAGCAUCUGAUGAAGAUGCUCCAAGGGUGGGAUUUGGUUUUCCGGCGGUACUUAAAAAGCCUAAAGUUGAAAAAUUAAAGGAUAGCAUCAGUGGUAUAUCGCUGGAGGAAAAAUCCAAAUUAAGCAAAGCUCGCGUACAUUAUCGCAAGUUCACAAAAGGAAAGGAUAUCGCGCAGUAUAGUGAAAAGGAUCUUGCUAAUAUAUUUGGUAAAAAAGCUGUAGAUACACCGGAAGCUGAUGGAAUAUAUUCGCAACUGACAGCCAUAACGACAAAAGAAGAAGAAAAGGAAGAAGACGAAACUAUUGAUGUAGAUGACAAGGAAGUUAAAUCUAAUUUUGGAGGCGUACAAACAAUCAGCACAGGACUUUCAGUGAGCGAUUAUUUUAAGCAAAAGAUGGAAGCAAUUAAAAAUAAGCAAAAACAAAAGAGUAGCGCUCCACAUAGUGAUGAAAAUGAUACUACAUUAAUCGUAAAUGUACAAGUAGACCAAAUUGAGGGGGGAAAAAAGAAGAAAAAUAAGAAACGCAAGCGUGAGACAGAAGCAGUAGAGGCUGAUAGUCCAAUUGAUGCAAGUAAUCGAAACAAAACUGAUGUGAUCGAUUUAGAAAAUGAUAACUCUUUAAACAAUGAUGUUGAAGAGCCGGUUGCUGCCAUUACGGUAACUAAAAAUGAUAAAAAGAAGAAAAAGAAGAGAGUUUUAGAAAUCGUAGAUUUGACGACACAAGAAGAAAAUAAUGUGCACACCGAAGUUCCCAAAAAGAAAAAGAAGAAAUCUAAGGAAUAUUCAGAAGAACAACCUGAAUGCAACACCGACUUGAUUCAUGAAUCCGAGCAAGUUGAAAUUCAAGCAGUUGAGGAGAUUCAAGAGAAAAGAAAAACUAAGAAAAGUAAACCAGAGCAGUCACAUGAGCUGGAUGUUGAAGUAAAUACAGAUGUUGAAAUUCCAAAAGUGAAACCGCCGAAAACGAAAAAGGAUAAAACGUUAAAAGAAGUAGUACCCACCAUGCCCACGGAUCACAACACUGAUGAAACUGUUGUAAAGAAAAAUAAAAAGUCAAAAAAUAAAGGCAAAUUGGAAGAUGAAACUCAACAGGUUGAUUCGCAGACUAACGCUGAAGCUGCUUCGAUCCAAUCAAGUAAAAAGUCGAAAAAAGAGAAAAAACAUGAGAAGCCCGCUCAAGCAAAUACGGCAGAAGAGAUUGCUUCCAACGAGCAAACAGAGAAAAAGAAAAGCAAGUCAAAAAAAGAUGUAAGUGAUGAAAUUAAAAUGAUGACUCUUGACGAGUUGAUCGCCAAAUGUAAUUCUUACAAUGUCUACACCAUUUCCUCAUUUUGUGCAGAAAAAUUCCGUAAUAUCGCAUUAGAUAGUUUCAAAGGAUCGACAAUAGCGCAUUUACCCGGUUAUUCACACACUUCGAAUCUACAACUUAAUGUAAUAAAUGAGCCGAGAGAUGAGGAACGAAUCACUAAACUUUGGAACUGUAGUUUAGACAAAUACCGUCGAGUAAAUCCAAAAGUAAUUUUCAACAAAUACAGAAAAAACUUGUUCAAAGCAUAUAAAGCCAAAAAUAAAAAGAAUCAAAAAGCAAAGUUACCCCAAUUUAAUAUUAAAUCACUCAAGAGAAAAAAUGUGUUCCAACCAAUAUGAAGCAAAACGUAAUAAAUAAACAGUAUGUUAAGCUAAAACUAAAA